AUGCAUGAUUCUACUUAUUUCAGUAUUAGAGUGUAUAGGAAUAACCAUACAUGCUCUAGUGUUGUUGCAAGCACAAUUCGAAAUAAAAGGAAAGGCACACCACAAGUAGUAGCAGAUGUUUUGCGUGGAGUCUAUCCAGGUGAAGUAGACACCCCUGCGCCUAAAGCUUUGAUCAAAGUUGUUCAAAAUGAAGCUCACGUUAAUGUGUCCUAUUCUACUGCUUUGAGAGGGAAAAAACUAGCUAUCAGUGAGCUUGUUAAUCCUGGGACAGUAACAAGUGUGAAACUGAAUGCCAGAAAUAAAUUCAAAUAUCUCUUUGUCGCUUUGGGCGCUAGUAUUGAAGGGUUUAGAGCAAUGAGAAAAGUCAUUGUUGUGGAUGCAACUUUUCUGAUGAGUGUUUAUGGUGGUAUGCUUGUUUUUGCCACAGGUCAGGACCCAAAUCAUCACCAUUACCCCAUUGCAAUGGGUGUGAUUGAUAAGGAGAAAGAUGCUAGUUGGUCUUGGUUUUUUGAAACACUGAAAACUGUAAUACCUGAUGAUGAGGAGCUGGUUUUUAUGAGUGACAGACCUAAGAGCAUUGUUAAGGCAGUCCAGGAGGUGUAUCCUCUGUCUCAGCAUGGAUUUUGCGUUUGGCAUUUGUCACAGAACGUGAGAGGGAAGGCUAGGGUCGGAUGUAAGGAUUUGUGUGCAGAAAAAUUCAGAGAAUGCGCUCACAAAUACACAGAAGUUGAGUUUGUAAGUGCAUACGCAGAGUUUAGGAGGUGGUUUCCCAAAGCAGCUGAGUAUUUAGAUAACAGUGUUCAUCUUGAAAAAUGGGCAAGAAGUUACUUCAAAGGAGACAAGUACAACUUGGACACAAGCAAUGCUUGUGAAUCUAUGAACAGUGUCUUCAAGAAGGCAAGGAAGUAUGCCUUACUACCUUUGAUUGAUGCAUACAUAGAAAAAGUGUCUGAAUGGUUCAACAAGCAUAGGAAAGGCAGUGCUAUUGCUUCAGACACGAAGAAAUUGGUGCCAUAUUUGGAGAACCAGCUGCAUAACCUAUGUGCAAUUGCAAAUGGCUUAUUUGUCACUGAGCUUAACCAUUUUGAGCUUGAAGACAGUGUGAUUGGGAAUGAUGGGAAGAGUUAUUUGAUUGACACAUGGGCGUUAGCUUAUUACCGAACCAUUUAUUUGGUUCCACAUCAGUCAACAUGGAUUAUUCUAGAGGAAAUUGAAAAGUUAGUCAUCUUGCCGCCAGACUACACAAAAAAAUCAGGGAGAAAGCAAGACAAGCGCUACCCUUCAACCGGAGAAGCUCACCGUAAACAAAGUAACAAGGCCAAUCCAGGCAUACAUCUUGGUCGUUGGUUUGAACCGCUUAACACAGAUGAAGAUGAAGAAGAAAACCAAGGUGAUAACCAAGGUGGUAACCCGAGUGAAGUUUAA